UUAUAGUGCAUGACAGCAGCCAUUCCAGGCGCACCGUCUUCAGAGUCACUGCUUGUCCUUUGACCUCUGUCGCUUCCAAAAUAGAGAGACGACCUUGUGGAGACUUGAGUCAUAGUUGCAGUUGUUGACUGCGCACUUUUGGCCGUCAGUCAAAGAGUCUCUCACGUUGGGCGACUGAGGGUUAAAAACUACCUCAUUAACUUGUUGCAGAGUGUUCCUCCUGCAGGAGUUGUGAGGACUGAAAGUUACCAUCACUUUAUUUUGGACACGACGAGCGUCUCCUGAGGGGACUGAAGAGGAAACCUCCAUAGGUGGAAAAGGACUCUUGUCAUCACCCCAGCUGCUCGUCUUAUGGGUCCUCUGUGCCUUACAAAUCCCAAGUGACACCCGCUGAUCCGCAUCAACACAUUCUCCUGAUCUCUACUGUCUCCAUUAACCAGUGGAGGGUGAUGAGGUUGGUGGGGAGCCUGCAGUUUGUCCUGCUUUUGGCCUUGACCUCCACAGCCACAGGCCUCAACAUCCCUCUUGAAGUGGAGCAGCCUCCAACCAUAAUAAACCACACAUCUGGUCCCAUUAUUGCUCUUCCUUUUGACAACACUGUUGCUAUCAGGUGUGAAGCCAGGGGCAACCCACCACCAAAAUACAGAUGGUCAAAAGAUGGCAAAGACUUUGUCCCUCCCUAUGUCAUGAUAGAUCGUACAGACGGCACUUUUGUGCUUCACAAGAAACACCUCGACCAGUUUCAGGGUAAAUUCAGAUGCUACGCCUCUAACAAGCUGGGAACUGCCAUGACAGAGGAGAUUGAACUAAGAGUCCCUAGUAUCCCAAAGUUCCCAAAGGAGAAUAAUUCCCCCCUUGUUGUUAAGGAGGGAGAUCCAAUCAUCCUGGAGUGUAACCCUCCAGAAGGCGUGGCCCCACGUCAGAUCUACUGGAUGUCUCUUGGUCUCCAGCACAUUGAGCAGGAUGAGAGGGUUUCCAUGGGCAUUGAUGGCAACCUGUACUUCUCUAAUGCCUUACAGAAAGACAGUCGUCCAGACUACUGUUGCUUUGCUGCCUUCUCCAAAAUACGCACCAUCGUCCAGAAAACUGCCAUGGCUGUCGUGGUUAAGAGCUUGAAAGCUGGCAAUGACAGCAGCAAUGCCACUGUAGCCCCCCCAGCGAGAUUACCUGACCUGCUGCUGCCCUCUGGUGUUCAGACAGUGAAGGUGCUGUUGAAGGGGGAGAAUCUGCACCUUGAGUGUCUACCACAGGGAUAUCCCACUCCGACCGUAACAUGGAUGAAAAUGGGAGACAACCUGCCUCCACGGACAAAAUAUGCCAACUUUGGAAAGCUGUUGACCAUAUCCGCUGUGGACGGGAGGGAUCAGGGGAGAUACAUGUGCACAGCCCAAAACUAUGCUGGAAAGGCUGUCCACUACUUUGAUGUGAUAGUGGAAGAGCCGCCAAAGUGGCUGACAGAGCCUCCUCAGAGCCAGCUGACCGUGAUUGGGUCUGAUGUUCACAUCAAGUGCUCGGUCAGUGGAAAACCACCUCCAGACAUAACAUGGAGGAGGAAUGGAGAAAUUUUCAGAGACGACCCAAACAGCAACAGGCGAGUGUUUGACGACACCGUGGUCCUCCAUAACGCCGUUGCAGAGGACAGCGCUGUCUAUCAGUGUGAAGCCUCCAACAGUCAUGGCAGCGUUCUGGCCAACAUUAAUAUCUUGGUCAUGAAUAUGGCUCCUCGGAUACUGACAGGGGACUACGAAGAGUACGCUGUAGUGCUAGGAGGGAACAUCACCAUGAACUGCAGUGUUUUUGGCUCUCCACCACCCACCAUCUUCUGGGCCAGAGACGAGUCUCCAGAAACCAUCGAGGGGGAGCGAUUUUUUGCUCUGGGCGGAUCUUUGCGAAUCAUCAGUGCAGAGAAAAACGACAGUGGGAAAUACGUGUGUGUUGCCUCUAAUGCGGAGGGCAAGUCGGCCGUCACUGCUGUGCUGGAUGUGAAAGACCCUACAAAAAUAGUGUUUCCACCUCAGGACAUGCAGAUCGUCAGUGGGACCACAGCCCAGUUGAUGUGCCAGGCAGAGUAUGAUAAAAGCCUGCGGGGUAGCUUUGAGGUGGUGUGGAGGAAGGAUGGUGAGGAGAUCCCACUUUCCUUUGAGGGAAAUUCCAGAUACGCUGUGGACGAUGACAUGCUGCAGAUCAUGAAUGUGAACCUGAGCGAUCAGGGAGUAUACACAUGCAUUGCUAGAACCAGCCUAGAUGAGGACAGCGCCACUGCACUUUUCACCGUGCUCGAUGUUCCCGAUGCCCCCCAAAAAGUGAAGAUAUCUGACCUUGAGAGUCCGAGAAACAUUAGCCUGACUUGGGUACCUGGAAGUGAUCACAACAGCUCUGUAACAGAAUUUAUAGUGGAGUUCGAGGAGAGCCAGUGGGAGCCCGGCAGGUGGAAGGAACUCCAGAAAGUCCCCGGUAACCAGGCAACAGCCGAGCUGGCACUACAUGGACACCUUAACUACCAGUUCAGAGUGUAUGCUGUUAAUGCUGUUGGACCUGGACCCCCCAGUGAGCCCACUGAGAGAUACAAAACACCCCCUGCUGCUCCUGAAAGAAACCCGGAAAACAUCAGAAUUCAAGGCCAUCUUCCUCAUCAAAUGGACAUUAGCUGGGAGCCGCUGCUGCCUAUUGAACAGAAUGGCCCAGGCCUCGAGUACAAGGUGAGCUACAGGAAACUGGGGGUGGAGGAUGUCUGGAGGGAGCAUCUGGUCAAAAGGCACUCCUUUGUCGUGAGAAACACGUCCACGUUUGUCCCCUACGAGAUCAAAAUACAGAGCAAGAACAGUUACGGCUGGGGACCUGAUCCUAAAGUGGUUACUGGUUACUCUGGAGAAGAUGUCCCAACUGCAGCACCACGGGACAUAGCAGUGGAAGUAAUCAACACCACUGUUCUGAGAGUAAGCUGGACCCUGGCUCCACCUGCCACAGUGCGAGGUCAUCUCGGGGGCUACGAUGUUCAGUGGUUGAGGAAACGAAGUUUGCUGAAUCCCAACAAGAUUUUAGAUGAGCGCCAUUCCCUGUCUUUUCCUGGGAAGAGGACUCAUGCCAUCGUGCCGGGCCUGGAACCUUUCUCUGAGUACAGGCUCACUGUCAACGUUUUUAACAAGAAGGGCAACGGGCCCAACAGUGACCCGGUCACCUUCAACACGUCAGAGGGAGUUCCUGAGCAAGUGCCCAUCCUGACCGCCUCCAACGCCCAGACAGACUCCAUUUUGCUGGUAUGGGGCCCACCGCUGCAGACAAACGGCAUCCUCACUGGCUAUGUCCUGCAGCACCACCUCAUUAAUGAGACCACACUGGAGGUGGUUGAUUCCCAGGAGAUGAACAUCACUGGGGCUGACACCACCCAGUGGCAGCUCCAGGGCUUAGAGGAAGACAGCCUCUACCGCUUCCACCUCAGCGCUUGCACUCGAGCAGGUUGUGGCCCUCCGAUGGCCCAGGAGAGCCACACCGUUCGUCAAGAACGUGCGGUAGGUCAGCGGAGUGACUUUUCCACCCAGGGCUGGUUCAUUGGGACCAUGUGUGCUGUGGCGCUCCUCACACUUGUCGUGCUCAUGGCCUGCUUUGUGAGGAGAAACAAAGGUGGCAAGUAUGCAGGUACGCCACCGCCGACCCAGCGACGAGACAUGUUCUCCAUGGAAAAAGUGAAAGAGAAGGAGGACCUCCACCCUGAUUUGGAGUCACAAGGAAUGAAUGAUGACACUUUCUGUGAAUACAGUGACAGCGAAGAGAAGCCACUGAAGGGCAGUAGCUUGUGUUCCCUGACUGGUGAUGGCACGCUGGGGGACAGCGUCAGCAGAGACAGCCUGGUUGACUACGCUGACGGCGGGGGAGAAUUCAACGAGGACGGUUCGUUUAUUGGAGAAUAUUCCGGACGCAAGCGUGAAGGCUCUGUUAGCGAGCCCAGUGGACCCAGACCAGUCACUGCAUAAAGCCAGGCUCCAGUUGAAACGGUCUACUUCAAAUCCUUUCAAGAUACUUUUUAAAUUCAGCUUCCCUGGCAUUAAAUAUAGCUCCAAUAGCCAAAUAUGGGGGAAUAAAAAUGACUCAGAUGUGCAGAAGUGUUGCCCAGGGACUGAAAGGGAAGCAUAAACCCACCAUUCACAUCAAAUCCUGCGAGUCUUUGUACAUACUGUAAGAGAAUGACCUGUAUCAUUUGAGUUUUUCAAGAUUUUAAUAUGAUAAUAAAAUGUUUUUGUACCUAUGAGCCAAAAUCUUCAAGCUGUGUAUAUU